AUGCCUCCUCCGUUCCCCUCUUCCCACCGGGGAAUGACCAAAAACCCCGUCAGACCUGCUCGCUACCGCCCUGGAAAGCCUAUCGCAGAGGAACCCUCAUCUGAAGAAGAGGAAGAAGAAGAUGAUGACAACGAAGAACGGGAGGCGCGACGAGAGCAAGAACGACGCAGACGAGCCGAGGCACUGCGCCGAGCAAAAGCGCCCAAAGCCUCAUUACCAGCCCCUGCUGUAGCAGGUCAAAAGGUUGAGGAGGAUGACGAGGAAGGGUUCGUCACCGACGACGACGAAGGUGACAAGCCCGCACCCGCGCCGAAAGCAGUACCGCAUCCUACCAACGAUUUAAAACCUACUGUGUCCACAACUGCUGCCGAGAGCGACGAAGAAGAAGAGGAAGAAGAGGAGGAGGAGGAAGAGGAAGAAAGCUCCGAAGAAGAGAGCAGUUCCGAAGACGAAGCACCCCGCCGCAUGCUCAUCCGACCAACAUUCAUCAAAAAAGACAAGCGGAGCACCGCAGGCUCAGCAGCAGGCCAAACACAAGCAGAAUCGGACGCCGCUCGAGCCGCCGAAGCCGAAGCCCAACGCGCGGCGCAACGCCAAGAAAAAGCCGACCAAUUAGUCCGCGACCAACUAGAGAAAGAAGCGAUAGCACGGUCAACAGCGAAUCGCGCGUGGGACGACGACGAGGUCGUCGAAGCCGAAGACGAAGAAGCCAUCGACGACACAGACGGUCUAGACCCCGAAGCCGAGUAUGCAGCAUGGAAACUACGUGAACUGAAACGCGUUCAACGAUCCCGCGAAGCCAUCGAAGCCCACGAGAAAGAGAUCGAAGAGGUCGAGCGUCGGCGAAACCUUACGGCUGAGGAGCGGGAGCGCGAAGAUAGCGAGUUCAUUGCGCAGCAGAAGGAAGACCGCGAUGCUACGCGUGGUCAGACGGGCUUUAUGCAGAAGUAUUAUCAUAAGGGUGCUUUCUUCCGCGGUGAUCUUGAAGCUGAGGGUCUUGAUCGGCGCGCGCUUAUGGGUGCGCGUUUCGAGGACGAUGUCAAUCGUGAUACGUUGCCGCAGUACAUGCAGGUUCGGGAUAUGACGAAGCUUGGGAAGAAGGGUCGUACGCGUUACAGGGAUCUUAAGUCUGAGGAUACGGGGCGGUUUGGGGAUGGGUUGGAGAACAGGAGGAGGAGGGAUGGGCCGCCUCAGGGUGUUACGGAUGAGAGGUUUAUGCCUGAUCGUCGGGGUGGUGAUGAUGGGGAUCGUGGACCGACGGGUGCGAAUGCUAGUGUUGUUAGACCUCGGCGCAGGUCGAGGUCGCAUUCACCUCGACGGGACAGACGUGAUGAUAGAGAUUCUGGUCGGGUUGAGAGGAGUCGGUCUAGGGAGAGGCGGAAGCGCAGCCCGUCGCCUUAUGAUGAUCGCGAGAAACGUCGGCGGGUGGACAGUUCGUGA